AUGUAUCAUAAAACUAUACUAGCAGUCCUAUCCGUGAUCGCCACACUUACCGGAGUCAAGUGUGGGUUAGUAGAUAUUUUUAACAUAUCAUCGGACUACAAUCUUGCCUCAGCGUUGGAUAUCGCAUUUGCGCUGACAAGGAACGAUAUAGGACUGGUGCUGUCAGGUGAAAUAACCACCCCAAUCGAAGAGGAUGUUACUUUUUGGUGUGGAAAUAGAGAAUCUCCAGGGCUGUCUCAAACGUUCCUCGAUGAUCCAGAAGUGCAGCAGAAGAUCGAUUUCACGAAACCGAUUCACUAUGUUAUGUUGGUGACGCACGGCUGGCUGGACAACCACGAGCUCAGCUGGAUCCAACAAACAGCGCAGGAUGCCCUACAGUUCAUCGAUACGAAUGUGUGCAUUGUGGGGUGGGGUCGCCUUGCAAAAUACAACUACUUCCAAGCGGCCAAGGAAAACACCCGCCUGGUGUCUGACUAUCUGACUCGCUUCGUUGAUUUCCUGAACCAGGAAGGAAUGUCACUGGAUGUGAUCACGUUGGCGGGCCACAGCCUGGGAGCGCAGAUUUGCGGUCAAGUGGGCAGCAAUCUGAACGGGCAAAUUGCAGAAAUUUAUGGAAUAGAUCCGGCGGGACCACUUUUCACCUUUCCGCUGGAUGUGGGUAAGGGAAAUCGACUUGAUAAAAGCGAUGCCAAAUACGUGCAGAUGAUUCUAACUUCUCGGUACAUGUUGGGUGUGGGAGCGGGCGAUGGGCACGAAAAUUUCAUCCCCAACGGCGGCACGUCUCCUCAGCCAAAUUGCGUGUUUCCUGUGACAAGCGAUGCCGAAAUGGCUGAUCAGAUAGUUUGUAGUCAUUUACAUGCUACGUCGUUGUUCCGUUUGUCGCUGGAUCCUUCAAAUGCGUUCAUAGGAGUGCAGUGCAUCAACUGGGUAGCGUAUUUGUUAAAGUCAUGCUUGUUAAACCCAAGAGAUUUGUUGGGAGUCUACAACCAGAAGCUUGGUGGUGAUUUUUAUUUGCAAACAUCAGCCGACGCUCCAUAUGUUAAAAACUCUAAGAAGUAUUAAACUUCAUCGUAAAGGAUGUUGUAAAGUAAAGAUAAUUCAUAAUACAGUACAACACGCCGGUUGAGUUUUCGACAUCGUCGACAGACGAAAAUUCCGAAUGACAUCGACAAGUCUUUUAUUAUCAAGUGCAGAGUCAACUCAAAGCGCGACAUUCAUUAUCCGAAAUUUCUAUCCAAAACUUGCAUAACGAGUGCAGUGCACAUCCUCUCUAGAAAAAAAAAAGCGCAAAAGCGUCAUCGUUGACAAUGCAAUGGCUUUUAUCAGCGGCACAUUCAUUGUGUCAACUUUGCGAGUCGGAUUCUUUUUUUUUCCAUUUCGAGUCCACGUGUUCCCAUCUGAAGUGCACAAUAUUCGUACACUGCACUUCAAGGAAGACAAUGGUGUUCUUCAACGUCUGCCGAAAGCUGCCAGAUGUUGUGAAA